GUCCCCAGUGUCUGGAAACUGACCCUCACUGCGUAGGGAGUUGAGAUUCUGACAUGCGAGACGAGGCCACCCUGAGGUUUGAUCAAGUGCCAGUAGAUUCGCACUUGUCUGCGAUGACUUCGUUUCCCGUUGCCGAGGAGAGUCCAUCCCGCCGUGCGCAGCAGAGGUCUCCUGUGCUCAACACCUUGCUCCUGAAAGAGGGCGCGUCUUCRUUUUGCCUGGAGGGCGGGAUGCCUGCAUUGCGAAGGAGCGAAGGUGCGACCUUCGGUUCCCUCGGCUCGGGCGACCGCCACAAACUUCGAAUACAUUCGGAUUUGCUGACGUCGCCCUCCGCCAUAAGUGCUCCUCACGCAACAGUUYCGCGGGGCCAAGAAAAUGUCACUUCCUGYCCCCCGYAUCKUCAGUUGGACACAGGGUUGCCYUGCUCGCCUUCGUUCUCAUGUGUYGAGACUCGAGACCUGCGGUCUCGCGAYGUGCUGGAGGGGCCCGCUGCAGGAGUGUUGGAGACCGGGGGUAGCGAGCACGAACGUCACACUCCUGGGGAAGAGGAGCGCUCUCCGGGAACGCGUGCUGUACAUCGGGAAGGAGAGACUCAACGUUGGCAGUCUCGCAACGUGUUGGAGACCGGGGGUAGCGAGUGUGAACGUCGUGCUUCGGAGGGUGCGUCCGUGGACACUGACAACGAGAGUGCAGGAGCUCCGCGGGAAACGCAUGCUUUACAGCAGGGAGAGGAGACUCGAUAUGGGCCGGCUCGUGAAGACGUGAAGUGGCUCCACGCACGAGCGCUGGUGAUCGGGACGUCCGAAGAGGUUUUGCACAGUCGUUCGGCUGUGGCCACGACGCGAGAGGGUGUCGUUAAGGGAGGUAAGUGGACGUCCGUGCAAGCUCCCGUUCUUGGCGAUGAUGAAGACGAAGAAGAACCAGUGGUGGAAGCUCGGGUUCAUGGCGAUGAGAAAGGCGGAGAACCCGUGGGUGUCGUUAAGGGAGGUCAGUGGACGUCCAUGCAAGCUCCCGUUCUUGGCGACGAUGAAGACGAAGAAGAACCCGCGGUGGAAGCUCGGGUUCAUGGCGAUGAGAAAGUCGGAGAACCCAUGGUGGAAGGCGGUGAGGUGACUGUCGACAUCCGGACGGAUCCACAGCGGAAAGAUGGUGAUUCUUCGCCCACCCAUUGGGGUGAAGAACAGGGUUGUCGACCGUCUGUCCUAAGCACCGCUUGGGGAAUGGUGCUUCAUGAAGCCAUAGAGUUGGGUGACGACUCGGCAGCCACCGAGGUGGUUGGCGACUCAGGCGUGGCCGAGAUGCAGAACGUCGAAUCCUCCGAGGAAGGCGGUGAGGUGGCCGUCAGCAUCAAGAUGGAUCCAGAGCGGAAAGAUCAUGAUUCUCCGUCCACCCAUUGCGUUGCCGAACAGGGUGAUCGAGCAUCUGUCCUCAAUACCGGUCGGGAAAUGGUGCUUCAUGAAGCCAUCGACUUGCCAAGCGACUUAGCUGCCACCAAGCUGGUUCACGACACAGCCGUGGCCGAGGUCCAGAACCUCGAAUCGUCCGUGGACGUUAGCGCAGUGGCGCGACAGGAGGGUCAGUUCCCUCAAUGGGCUCCCGAGCACAGUAAGAUUUGUGAAUAGGAGCACUCGCAUAUCUGUCACUAACCAGCUCUGUGUUCGUCCAAAUUGAUGUC